UCUGGGUCGUUUGAUUAGACCUUUUGAUGCACGGUGGCAUGCGGAGGAAGUAGCGCGACAAAUGGAUGAAGCAACGCAGAUUGAGCUAAUGAAGGGACCGUACACAAUCAUAGGUCGUUCGAUGUGGAGCAUUUUUGCACAGAUACACAACCUCAGCAUAUCAACAAUUUUGCCGUUUGAGAUUAUUUCACUUGGCUUAAUUAAAGCUAACCCAGCAAAUGUUUCGAAUUUUGACUACUUGGCAGCAGCUGCAGCCAAAUCCCGGACAGUAGUUUUGUUCCAGCAUCCAGAAGAAGCUAGCACAAGAAACACAUUCCUAAGGCCGUUUAGCUUAGCAUUGUGGCUAGCAAUCGGUGCCGUGUUCAUCCUGGUUGGACUGAUGAUCCGUAAAGCUCAGAAGUUGCGAGGCAAAAAGGAUCCUCUUUUCGCAACUGAACUACUCAUGGUUGGUGUCUUCUGCCAACAAGGAUUCGUCGGAAACAUCGACACCGUUUCGGUUCGCAUUAUGUUGCUCAGUGUAUUGAUUUUUAGCGCCCUACUCUAUCAGUUCUAUAUGGCUCAUAUUGUCGGGUAUUUGCUGGUAGUGCAUCCGAAGCAAAUUAAAUCGUUUGAGCAACUUUUGGAAAAUGCUUUCGAUAUUAUUUUAGAAGACAACGAUGAUGUCGUAGCGUAUAAGAAUGAAAUCUCUUAUAACAGACCCUUCGAUCAGAUGAACAUUACAGAGGGGAUAUUUCUAAUCAAAAGCAGCCGUAAGGCUCUUCUCUGUGAUGACCAACGAGGAUACGAAGAAGUAAAUGCGCUUUUCACCGAUUAUGACCGCUGUAGAUUGCAGGAGAUUGCUCUCUUUCCGGAGACACCGUUACACUUAGCGCUACCGAAAGGCAGCCCAUACAAGGACCUUUUCCACGUAACACUACUAAAGAUCAUCGAGCAUGGUGUGAUGCAAUAUGAACGGCGACGUUGGUUCACUGACAAACCCGGGUGUGCCAUAAAUGAGGUUAAAAUGCCGGAGCUUAACCUAGAUCAGACGGCCUCAGUGUUUUUGUUGCUGUUGAUCGGCGUCAUUGGAAGUUUGGUGGUUCUUUCGCUAGAAAUUCUCGCGUCAACAGCGGGUUACCAGUGCUGA